CACAGAUGGACGCCUUCGAGUUGUUUCGGAAACUCGGAGCAGGAGCUAAAUUUGACCUUAAGAGGUUUGGUCAAGACGCUGCUCGAUUUAAGGUCGCCAGGUCUCAGGGAGGAGAGCAGUCAGAUCCUCUCUCUGCGAUCGAUUACUUUGGAUCAACCAAUGGAGACCAGAGCAGGACUACUGGUCUGGAGGAUGAUGAAGAGGAGCAGGAGGAGGAGGUGGGAAGUGAAAGUGGAGAAGAUGGAAGCAAGAGGAAGAGAAAGGAUGAAGAGAGAGACGUGAGGACUAAGAAGAAAAAGAAAAGAAAGCAGACGGGGAUGGAAGCUGGAGGCAGUGACCUACAGAGAAACACGGAGGGGAACGGCAUCACGUGGACCUCCUCACUGGACAGAAAGAUCCAAAACCUGCCGAGUGAGGGGAAGGAGCAGUGCUCGCUGAAGAGGCUGAAGCAUCUUCAUCAGGAAAAGGUGAACCGUAUUCGCUCUCAACACCGUAUAAACGUGCAUGGCUGUGAUGUGCCGGACCCUGUGUGCACAUUUGAGGAGCUGCAGUCUGAGUAUCGUCUCAACCCGCGUGUCCUUCAGAACCUUAAAGACGCAGGGCUGAACUCCCCGACGCCUAUCCAGAUGCAGGCCAUACCGCUCAUGAUGCAUGGUCGGGAACUCCUGGCCUGCGCUCCCACAGGAUCAGGAAAGACUUUGGCUUUCUGUCUCCCGUUGCUGAGCCACCUGCAGCAGCCAGCCAACCUGGGCUUCAGAGCUGUGAUCAUCUCCCCAACCAGAGAGCUGGCCAGCCAGACAUACAGGGAGCUGCUGCGCCUGUCAGAUGGACUUGGAUUUCGAGUGCACAUCAUAGACAAGGCUUCCCUGGCAGCCAAGAAGUAUGGACCACAGUCAAACAAAAAAUAUGAUAUACUCGUCAGUACUCCAAACAGACUAGUCUUCCUCCUCAAGCAGGAUCCUCCAGCGCUCGACCUCAGCAGUGUGGAGUGGCUGGUCGUCGAUGAGUCUGAUAAGCUGUUUGAAGACGGCAGAUCAGGCUUCAGGGAGCAGCUCGCCACAGUUUUUCUGGCCUGCUCCGGCUCAAAGGUGCGCAGGGCUUUCUUCAGCGCUACCUGCACAUCGGACGUGGAACAGUGGUGCCGUUUGAACCUCGACAAUCUGGUUUCUGUCAACAUUGGACACAGAAACACGGCUGUUGAGACGGUGGAUCAAGAGCUGCUGUUUGUUGGGGCAGAGGACGGCAAACUGGUGGCCAUGAGGGACAUCAUUAAAAAAGGUUUCCUGCCUCCCAUGCUGGUGUUUGUUCAGUCUAUAGAACGAGCACGGGAGCUUUUCCAUGAGCUCGUCUACGAAGGCAUCAAUGUAGACGUCAUCCACGCAGAGCGCACACAGCAGCAGAGGGACAACGUGGUGAACAGUUUCCGCUCUGGGAAGAUUUGGGUGUUGAUCUGCACAGCUCUGCUCGCCAGAGGAAUCGACUUCAAAGGAGUCAACCUCGUGUUGAACUAUGACUUCCCCACCAGCGCCGUGGAGUACAUCCACCGAAUUGGUCGUACUGGCAGAGCUGGACAUCAGGGGAAAUCCAUCACCUUCUUCACAGAGAAUGACAAACCACUGCUGCGCAGCAUCGCUAAUGUUAUUAAACAAGCUGGCUGUCCCGUACCAGACUACAUGAUUGGCUUCAAGAAGAUACACAGCAAAGUGAAGCGGAGACUUGAGAAGAGACCCCCCAAGAGAAGCACCAUCUGCACAACUCCUCGCUUCUUAAUGAAGAAGAAACCCCAAGUGCAGAAAAAGGGGAAGAAGCAGGCGUCGGGUGGAGCGCAGAAAGUAGAAAAUGCACCUCAAACUGCAGUGCAGCAGCAGACAGGGGAGAAGAACACAAAAGGACAGAAACUGAAGAAAAAAAGUAAACCACAGAAAGGAGAAGAUACAGAAAAACACAAGAAGACAUCACAGAAAAAUGUAUCAAAUUCCUCUGGAGCCAAGCUGAAAAAGAAAAAGAAGAAACCGCAAGAGGACUGAAGAAAAGUGGUUUGAGCAGACCGAUGAGAAGAUAGACGUGGACUUUUUUUUUUUUUUUUUAACAUCUUGCAGGCCUGAUUUGCUGUCAAUUUUCACACUUGUGCUUUGUAUUGUCAGAUA